GCUCAGCUGUGUGCAGGUUUAUUUCCUUCCAGAGUCUCAUGGUAGUGAAGAAUCAAGCCCUGAGAGCUUGAUUUCCACCUGCAUAUGAAUUUUUCACUUCAGUAGAACUGAGGUCGCUGUUUGGAUUUUCCUCCUGAAGUAUUUAUAGAAAAGUAUAGAAAAGAAUCAUGUCGGAACACAGCAGGAAUUCAGAUCAAGAAGAACUCUUUGAUGGGGAGAUUGAUGAAGAUGAAAUCUUGGCCAACUUGUCCCCAGAAGAGCUUAAGGAACUGCAGUUGGAAAUGGAGGUGAUGGCCCCUGACCCCAGGCUUCCCGUGGGAAUGAUUCAGAAGGAUCAGACUGACAAGCCACCAACAGGGAACUUCGACCAUAAAUCUCUCGUUGAUUAUAUGUAUUGGCAAAAGGCAUCCAGACGCAUGCUGGAAGACGAACGUGUUCCUGUUACCUUUGUGUCAUCCAAGGGAAAAACUCAAGAACAGCAUGAAGAAAUAGACACAAGUAAUAAAAAUGUGUCCCAGUAUUUAAAAGAAAAGCUUAAUAAUGAAAUCACUGCACAUAAAACAGAAUCACAGGGCAGUGACAAUGUCCAAGAAACAAAUAAUGAAGAUAACGAAGAUGAUGUGGAAGAUGAAGAAGAUGAUGCAGAAGAUGAUGAAGAAGAUAAUGCAGAAGAUGAAGAAGAUGAUGCAGAAGAUGAAGAAGAUGAGGGAAAAGAGGACAGUGAAGAGAGUGAUGAGAAAACAAAAAUAGAAGAGGAAGGUGAGGUAAAGGAGCAAAUCAGAAAUGGUGAGAACAACAGCCAACAGGUAACUGAUAAAGUAACCGAAGAACAGAAAGACAGACCAGAGGCCCAAGAAAAAAGUGAGAAAAAAAUAUCAAAAUUAGAUCCCAAAAAGCUAGCUCUAGAUACCAGUUUUUUGAAGGUAAGCGCAAGGCCUUCCGGAAACCAAACGGACCUAGAUGGGAGCUUAAGGCGAGUGAGACAAAAUGACCCUGACAUGAAGGAACUCAACCUGAACAACAUUGAAAACAUCCCCAAAGAAAUGUUGCUGGACUUUGUCAACGCGAUGAAGAAAAACAAACACAUCAAAACCUUCAGUUUAGCCAACGUGGGUGCGGAUGAGAACCUAGCAUUCGCCCUGGCCAACAUGUUGCGUGAAAACAGGAGCAUUACCACUCUUAACGUCGAGUCCAAUUUCAUCACAGGCAAGGGAAUCGUGGCCAUCAUGAGGUGUCUCCAGUUUAAUGAGACACUAACCGAACUUCGGUUCCACAAUCAGAGGCAUAUGUUGGGCCACCAUGCUGAAAUGGAGAUAGCCAGGCUUCUGAAGGCAAAUGACACUCUCCUGAAGAUGGGCUACCAUUUUGAGCUUCCAGGUCCCAGAAUGGUGGUAACCAACCUGCUCACCAGGAAUCAGGAUAGACAAAGGCAGAAAAGACAAGAAGAACAGAAACAGCAGCAACUCAAAGAGCAGAGAAAGUUAAUAGCCAUGUUGGAGAACGGGUUGGGGCUGCCACCUGGGAUGUGGGAGACGCUGCGGGGACCAGUGCCCGAUUCUGGGACGCAGGAGUUCCUCCAGCCUCCUCUUCCUCUUCCUCCUCGACCUCCCAGCUCCCACGCAGUCCCCUUCAGUCGACAAAAUGAAAUGACGAAAAAGCCAUCACACGCUCCGAAGUACAGGCCGGACACUGACACCUUCCGCAUGGUAAAGCUGAAGAGGAUCCAGCGCAAAUCUCGGAUGCCGGAAGCCAGAGAAUCAGCCGAGAAAACCAACCUCAAAGACGUGAUCAAAACGCUCAAACCAGUGCCGAGAAAUAGGCCACCCCCGCUGGUGGAAAUCACCCCCAGAGAUCAGCUCCUGAACGACAUUCGUCACAGUAACAUCGCCUAUCUUAAACCUGUGCAGCUGCCAAAAGAGCUGGCGUAAGAGGCAACAGAAUUAUCUCGGAGAAGAAGGAAUUGACAUAAUGACUCUUGGAUGAGUUCGGAGACUGUUUCAGCAGCACACUUAUGGAUCCAGGUGGUGGAACUGGGAACAUUGCUAACUGAUCCGCGUAUUUUGUAAAAGGCUUUGGCCUGUGACAAAACAGGGGCUGAAAAGGCAGGGGGAAGGAGAUAAAAUAUGAAUAGUCAGGGCAAGAUUUUCUACUUCCAAUCAGUUGGAGUGACUUAGGUGAAACUGAGUCUUCUAGCAGAAGUGAAUUUUUUCGUAAACAUUUGCUUUAUUAUUGCUUUCUUCUGGUACAUAACAAUAAAUACUGUAGCGGUGUUAA